CAUUUUGGUUGUCUUGUUUGCACGUAUAACGUUUAUUCAACUGUUUUCUUCUUUCAAUCAAUCGAAGAAGAAAAAAUAGGUAUUAAAAAUGCUCCGGUAAAUCGAAAAAUUCAUUUCAAGCAAAAAGGAAAUGGUCGCGGUAUGCCUUGUCGAUGGUAGAACGCACAUUCGAGAAACAGUCUAGACACCAAUGCGAUCGUGUAAAUCUCCACGUUUCCUAAAAAGUGUUCACGGAACCGUAAACGGUUGAAUCAUAAGCGAUUGUAUUACCAGUGUGGCGAGUAGACCGUAGUAAAUCCGAGUAUAACUUCAGCAUAACCUAGCGGAGAGUACAGUGAUGCCGCGUUGCGUGAAACGUUUGGAAUUGGACUUUGACGGAGAAAGAUUGAACCACGCGCUAUGGCUGACGAAAUCAGGGAAAGACUACUGGAACAGGUGAAAGAACAGGGAGAAAUCGUACGGAAAUUAAAGGCAGCGAAGAGCAACAACACCGUGGAUUUAACGAAUUCUUGGGAUAUAGAAACACAGUUGGAAAGCAUAAACCACGAUUUCGCGGAUGUCAGUUAUGUCUGUGGUUGGGUGCCUACUACAAAAGAUGCAGUACUGUUUGACUUCUGUGUUACCCUUCGCGAUCGACUCUCGAAAUGGCCACACUUGAAAAGGUGGUUUAUAAAUAUUCAAAGCUUCGAUCGAGCGGAGCGUGUCGCAUUUUCUGACCCAGAAGGACAAGUUACUUCUUCCUUGUCCAGGAAGGUUGAUCACAUACACAAUUUGUGCCCUGUUGACUCAAGUACAAUUGAUGAGAAGAUAGCGGAUGAAGUCGCCAAAUUGUUGGAGCUAAAAGCUAAAGUGGGUGAAAAGAAUGCCCCAUCCAAGCUUAUUCUUAAAACACCUAAGGGCACCAGAGAUUAUGGACCAGAACAAAUGGCAUUACGGUUGGGGGUUUUGGAUAAAAUAAUUUCUGUCUUUAAGAAACACGGGGCAGAGACUAUAGAUACACCUGUGUUUGAAUUAAAAGAUGUGUUGACAGGGAAAUAUGGGGAAGAUUCAAAACUGAUCUACGAUUUAAAAGAUCAGGGAGGAGAGAUUUUGGCCCUUAGAUACGAUCUAACUGUACCCUUUGCUAGGUAUUUGGCCAUGGGAAAGGUCUCCAGCAUUAAAAGGUACCAUAUAGCAAAGGUGUACAGAAGGGACAAUCCAGCCACAACAAAGGGCAGAUAUAGGGAAUUUUAUCAAUGUGAUUUUGAUAUAGCUGGUCAGUAUGAUCCGAUGAUGCCAGAUGUGGAAUGCAUCCUUAUUAUUUGCGAAGCGUUACGAUCGUUGGACGUAGGGCCUUACAUGAUCAAAUUUAACCAUAGAUUGUUGCUAGAUGGUAUAUUCGCUGCUUGCGGCGUUCCGCAAGAUAAGUUUCGCAGUAUUUGCUCGUCUAUCGACAAACUCGACAAGAGCCCGUGGUCGGAAGUCAGGAAAGAAAUGAUAGAAGAAAAGGGAUUGAACGAAACGAGCGCCGACAAUAUCGGAACGUACGUGUCGCGGACCGGUGGAGUGGAACUGAUCGCCGAAUUGAGGAAUAACGUUGAAUUGAUGAAACACGGGUCCGCGGCGAAGGGUCUCGAAUCAAUGGAACUGUUAUUCAAAUAUUGUAAUAUUUACAAAAUAAUGGAUAAAGUGAAGUUCGAUCUUAGUCUUGCCAGAGGACUCGACUAUUACACUGGUGUAAUUUUCGAAGCGAUAUUAAUCGGUGACGACGUCGGCGUUGGCAGUGUUGCGGGCGGUGGUCGUUACGAUAAUUUAGUGGGAAUGUUCGACAACAAAAACAAAACGGUCCCGUGUGUCGGUCUAUCGUUGGGCGUCGAGCGCAUUUUCAGUGUCUUGGAAGCAAAACUGAGCCGCGAUGGUUUAAAAACUCGCACGAACGAAACGGAAGUGUACGUGGCGAGCGCGCAAAAGAAUUUGCACGAAGAAAGAAUGAGAAUUAUAUCGGACCUAUGGACCGCUGGAUUGAAAGCCGAACAGUCCUACAAAAAGAACGUAAAAUUACUCCAUCAGUUACAAUACUGCGAAGAGAAUGGUAUACCGUUGGCCAUAAUAAUCGGUGAAAGGGAACUGACGAGAGGCGAAGUUACGUUGAGAGAUGUUGCGACUCGAGCGGAGGUUCCGAUUCCCCGUGGAACUUUGGUCGAAGAGAUAAGGAAGAGGCUACAAAAGUCAUGAAUUACUUAAAAAUUUAGCCCAUU